UUUCCUAGUCGAAAUUUCUGCUAAAAGGAGUAACACACAAAAAGCGUGAUUCUUGAUUCAUUUGGUCGUUAUUGACCACAAGGAGUGGAGGGGCGACACGCAAAAACAACAAACACAACAUACAGGUGUGUGGCGUCGUCCAACGUGACUCUUCUUCGACUCCAACCGCCCAAAACCCGAAAACAUCCCCGAAAUGGCUUUCGGCCGCCGAAUGGACGGCUGCGGCAACUUCAUGAAGUAUAGCCUCUUCAUCGUCAACAUAAUUAUACUAUUGGGUGGCUUGAUUGUGGCCGGUCUAGGUCUAUGGACCGUCAUCGACAAGUCCUUCGCCAACGAACUCCUAGGCACGAAUCUCUACUCCGGUGCCGCUUACGUUCUCGUGAUCACCGGCCUUUUGGUCUCCUUCAUCUCCUGCUUCGGCUGUUUUGGCGCGAUUAGAGAAGUCCGCUGCAUGCUAGUCACGUACUCCAUCGCCUUGUUCCUUAUUUUCGUCACGAUGCUGAUCGGGGGCGUCCUCGGUUACGUUUUCCGGGAGAAAGUCGAUACGACGGUCAGGAAUGGCAUGCUGGGCUCCCUGAAAUCCUACGGGAACUACAGACCCGUGACGGAGGCCUGGGAUGAGACCCAGAGCCGACUGAUGUGCUGCGGUGUCAACGACUGGAAGGACUGGAGGGACAACAUCCCGGAUUCGUGCUGCAAACCGGUGCUGGGGCGAAGGCAGAGAUGCAAUUUGUUGGUCGAGAAUCAAAAUUCGUUCACGUUGUACACGAGAGGUUGUUUGGAAAUCACCAAGGAGUAUGUGAAGGACCAUGCGGUUGUCAUUGGAUCGGCGGGGAUCGUAGUGGCUUGUCUUAUGAUUUUCGGAAUGAUCUUUUCGUGCGUCCUUUUCAAAUUGCUCGAAUGAGCACAAGUCUCUCGGUGUUUUACUUUCUUAAAUGUAUUUAUCUAACUUCAUUUAUAAGAUACUUAUUAAAAUAAAUGUUUUUUUAUAA